ACCAACCUGUUGCGAGUGGGUGCGUUGCCGGAGCGCUUGCUGUCCAACUUUUUCCGAUUCCGUUCCCUUCCCUUCCGUGGGCGUUGCGAUGAGAUGCUGCCGCUACUGAUGCUGCCGCGGCGGCGAGGAGUUCAUCCCCUCGGCGGCGAGCAGAACCACCACUGGAUCUAAAACCCCCCUUGCCUCCUCGUCUCACUCUCUCCACGCGUAGGGCUUCGAGCGCAUCGGGGCGGCGAGUCUGCGAGGCCAGCGGCGAAGGCCCCGCCGGGGCAGUGAACUCGCCCGCGGCAAGCCUGCGUUGGGUCGGCGAGCGCGGCUCGCUGCUGCGGCAAACCCGCUUCGGGGAGGCGAGCGCAUCAGGAGACCCGUGCUUCCCACAUAUUGGCAGACAGCCCCAUCAGUUCGUCCAAUCCGGCGCUUAAGAAGAAGAGUAAGAAGACCAUGGCGAUGCGGGGCGUCGAUUUCAAGUGGUACGAUGGGUUCUUCCUCUCCAUGCUCGCCACUAGCGUACACGUUUAGAAUCAUCGUAUCCAUCAAUUGGAAGAGGUAUCGUCUCUGUGCCCAUCCGCUCCACAUUUGGAUAGUGGUGGACUACACCACUGUCUUCAUCUUCCGUCUCCUCAUGUUUCUUGAUAAUGGUCUUGCUGCAGGGAUGGGAUUAGAUCUCGGAUGGCAACAGAGAUAUGCUCGUUUUUGUGGAAGAAUAGUUGUCCUCUCGGUUCUUGUACUACUGCUCUACCCCUUUCUUUGGGUUUGGACUGUGAUAGGAACAUUGUGGUUUAGCACUGCAAGAGGCUGCUUGCCUGAGGAAGGACAAAAAUGGGGCUUCCUGAUAUGGCUGCUGUUCAGUUACUGUGGACUCGCCUGUAUUGCUUGUGUUGCUGUUGGAAAGUGGCUAAACCGAAGGCACGCGCUUCAACAAAGGGCACAGCAGGGAAUUCCCGUCUCUGAAUAUGGGGUUUUGGUUGAUAUGAUCCGUGUUCCGGACUGGGCAUUUGAGGCCGUUGGUUUGGAAAUGAGAGUGGGCCAAGAUACAGCAUAUCAUCCAGGUCUUUACUUAACUGCAGCUCAGAGAGAAGCAGUUGAGGCACUGAUUCAAGAACUUCCGAAAUUCAGGCUGAAAGCUGUUCCAACCGACUGCAGCGAAUGUCCCAUCUGCCUUGAAGAAUUUCAUGUUGGCAAUGAGGUGCGUGGGCUCCCAUGCGCGCACAAUUUCCAUGUAGAGUGCAUCGACCAAUGGCUCCGGCUGAAUGUCAAGUGCCCACGGUGCCGGUGCUCCGUCUUCCCCAACUUGGACCUGAGCGCACUGAACAAUCUCCGGUCGUCCAGCGAGCCAGAUCACCCAUCCGCCAGUGCCAGCGAUGUAACAACAGCAACUGCAGCGACUAGAUAUGUGAGGUCGCAGCCAGCUGGGCAAAGCUACUUGGUGCGGUUGCAGGGGCUGCUGCUCCGUCCAGUCCGGCACGAGAGCAUGGAGAGUAGUGGGGGUGAGCCAGCUGUGGCCAACAGCAGCUCGGUUGGCCCUGAGGAGCUGGCCAGCAUAGUUGUAGACGAUGGGCAUCAGCUGCCAGAUCGCUGAGUUGUUUAAUGGCCUAAACUAUAUUGAGUUUGUGGGGGGGGGGGGGGGGGGUG